AUGAAGUACUCUCUCAUUGCGUCUCUGAUUCUUCAGAGCACUGUAGUGCUCGGGGAGCUUCUGCCCGUUUAUCUCCAAGGGCCGACGCCUUCGCACUUUAGGGAUAUUGUCCGCAACGACACAUACGACUUUGGCUGCAGGGCCGUCGCUAAGCCGAGCGAAGAUGGAAGCCACUACAAGCUCCAUGCGUGGCUGACCGAGGAGCAGAUCGAGCAUCUGUCCAAGGAGUACGAGAUGGUGCCGGAGGUCUCGCUUCACAGGAGGACGCUGGACAAGAGGGCCAACGCCCCCAUCGGAACCGGCGAUCGCUUCGCUGCGGGGACCAUCUCGCCAGUCGGCCUUGGAACGCAGGCCUCGGGCAAGACCAUCGCCAGCAUCAUGAACGUCGCCGAGAUCAAGUCGGCCGCCGACGCCCUCGUCAGGAACUACGGCAUCGGCUCCCUCACCCUGCCCUCCAAGACCUUCAACGGCGCCACCCAGUACGCCUACUACGUCGGCGCCGGGACCGACAAGUCAAAGUACCACCUGUACUUCAGCGCCGCCGUCCACGCCCGCGAGCGCGGCGGCCCCGACAACAUCAUCUACUGGGUGUCCGACCUGCUCGCCGCGAACAAGUCCGGAAGCGGCCUCGUCUACGGCAAGAAGUCCUACACCAACGCCCAGGUCAAGAGCGUGCUCGCCGCCGGCAUCGUCUUCUUCCCCCUCGUGAACGCCGAUGGCGUCGCCUACGACCAGUCGUCCGGCUCCCUCUGGCGCAAGAACCGCAACACAAAGUCCGGCUCGAGCGGCGCCUCCGUCGGCGUCGACAUCAACCGCAACUUCGACUUCCUCUGGAACUUCAAGAAGUACUUCGACCCGUCCGAGGCCCCCGCCUCCACCUCGCCCAGGUCCGAGACCUUCUACGGCACCGCCGCCGCCUCCGAGCCCGAGACCAAGAACCUCGUCUCCGUCUACGACUCCUUCCCCAACAUCAGGUGGUUCAUGGACAUCCACUCCGCCGUCGGCGACCUCCUCUACAGCUGGGGCGACGACGACGACCAGACGACCUCCACCGCCAUGAACUUCCUCAACGCCGCCUACGACGGCAAGCGCGGUCCCGUCGGCGAUGCCGCGUACAAGGAGUACAUCCCGGCCGCCGACCUCGCCAACAUCCGGGCCGUCGCCUCCGCCACCGUCAACGCCAUGAAGGCCGUCGGCGGCCGCGCCUACACCGCCAUCCAGGCCGUUGGCCUGUACCCUACCUCCGGCGCCAGCGACGACUAUGCCUUCUCCCGCUUCUGGGCCAAGCCCGGCGUCAACAAGGUCUACGGAUACACCUUGGAGUUCGGCCCCUCCGGCAACUUCUACCCGACCUCGGCCGAGUUCAACACCAACAUCCUGGACACCAACGCGGGCUUCAUGGACUUUGCGUUGGCUGCGAUUAGCGUUGGUCUGGUUUAA